AUCCGAUCAUGGGACACAAAUUUGAUUGAACGCAUCUUGGAUCAAGAACUGAAACUUUUUGUGUCUCGCCAUUCAGCUCGAUUCUCUCCUGAAAUUCGAGGUCAAAAGAUUCUUCACCACAAAAGUGAUGUCUUAGAAACUGUAGUCCUGAUCAAUCCCUCAGAUGAAGCAGUUAGCACUGAGGUGCGCUUAAUGAUCACAGAUGCUGCAAGACACAAGCUCCUUGUACUAACUGGACAAUGCUUUGAAAACACAGGAGAACUCAUUCUUCAGUCAGGGACCUUCUCCUUCCAGAACUUCAUUGAGAUCUUCACGGAUCAAGAGAUUGGCGAAUUGUUGAGCACCACACACCCUGCCAACAAAGCUAGCUUAACUCUUUUCUGCCCUGAGGAAGGGGAUUGGAAAGAUUCCAACCUUGACAGACACAACCUUCAAGACUUUAUUAACAUUAAACUCAACUCAGCUUCCAUAUUGCCCGAAAUGGAAGGACUCUCUGAAUUCACAGAAUAUCUUUCAGAAUCAGUAGAAGUGCCAUCACCCUUUGACAUUUUGGAACCUCCAACUUCAGGAGGCUUCUUAAAAGUCUCCAAACCCUGCUGUUAUAUUUUCCCAGGUGGAAGAGGGGACUCUGCAUUGUUUGCAGUGAAUGGAUUCAACAUGCUUAUCAAUGGAGGAUCCGAAAGAAAAUCUUGCUUUUGGAAACUUAUCCGGCACUUGGACAGGGUAGAUUCCAUUCUACUCACUCACAUUGGAGAUGAUAACCUUCCAGGAAUCAAUAGCAUGCUUCAGCGAAAGAUAGCUGAAUUAGAAGAGGAACAGUCCCAGGGAUCUACUUCCAACAGUGACUGGAUGAAAAAUCUAAUCUCACCUGAUUUAGGAUUUAUAUUCCUUAAUGUACCUGAGAACCUGAAGAACCUGGAUCCUAACUUUAGAGUAAAAAGGAGUGUAGAAGAAGCUUGUUUUACUCUCCAGUAUUUAAAUAAAUUGUCUAUGAAACCAGAACCUCUUUUCAGAAAUGUAGAAAAUAUCAUUGACCCCAUCAUUUUGUUUCAGAAAAUGGGAGUUGGCAAACUUGAGAUGUAUGUGCUUAAUCCUGUAAAAAAUAGCAAAGAGAUGCAAUAUUUUAUGCAACAGUGGAGUGGUACUAGCAAAGAUAAAGCUGAAUUCCUGCUAUCAAAUGGCCAAGAACUAGACAUUCCAUUAUCCUAUUUCAACUCUGUCUCAUCCCUGAUUGUGUGGCAUCCAGCUAAUCCUGCAGAAAAAAUAAUCCGAGUUCUGUUUCCUGGAAACAGUACCCAAUAUAAUAUUCUAGAAGGACUAGAAAAACUUAAACACUUAGACUUUCUUAAACAACCAGUGGUUACACAAAAAGACCUAACUGGGAACAUUGCUAGUCCAGCUGUGAAACUAGCAAAGUUGAAAAAACGAACAGACAGCAAGGAGAGUCUGAAGCCUGUUUCAAAGACACCACCAAGCAAGCCUGUCAGAAAGGAAUCUAAAGAAGAAACACCAGAGCCUGCAAAGCCUAGUCCAGCACUGGAAAAGGUUCAGAAACUGGAAAGCAAAGAAAAAGUUCCAGCUAAAAAAGAUAAACCAUCAAAAGUGGAGAACAAACCUGUAGUGACAGAAAAAGAUGUAACAAGUAAAGAAGAGCAAUUAGUAAAAUCUGAAACUCUUGAAAAACAAGCUAUAGAUGUAAAACCAAAAGUGGCAAAGGAGAAGCCAGUGAAAAAGGAAGUCAAAGCAAAACUUGAAGAAAAGAAAGAGGAAAAAGAAAAAACAAAGAAAGAGGUUUCUAAAAAAGAGGAGAAAACACCCAUCAAAAAAGAGGAAAAAACAAAAAAAGAAGAGAUCAAGCAAGAAGUUAAAAAAGAGGUGAAAAAGGAAGAGAAGAAGGAAACUAAGAAGGAAGUAAAGAAAGAAGCUCCACCCAAGGAAGCAAUAAAAGAAGGUAAAAAAGAAGAGAAGAAGGAAAUUAAGAAGGAAGAAAAAGAAGCCAAAAAGGACAUAAAAAAGAUUCCUAAAGAAACAAAGAAGACAGCUUCUCCUUCGACUGAAGUAAAAAAAACAGCAACAAAGCCUAAGCCACAAAAGAAGGAGGAAGUUGCUAAAAAAAAAGCAGUACCUGCUGGAAAGCUAAAGGAAAAAGGAAAAAUUAAGAUUGUGAAGAAUGAGAUCAAAGUCAGUGGAGGACAAGUUGCCCUUGCAGCAGCUGAAGCCAGUGUCAUAACUGUAGCAGCUGUAGAAAUUACAGCUAGUGGAAAAGAACUUGAAGUGGAGAGAUCCCUUAUGUCUUCACCAGAGGAUUUAACAAAGGAUUUUGAGGAAUUAAAAGCUGAAGAAGUUGAAACUAUAAAAGAAACAAAACCUCAAGUUGCACUUAUAGAGAAUGAACUGAAACUCACUGGCACAGAACAAAAAGAGGCCUUUGAAGUCAAAAAAGAAAAAUUAGGUAAUGAAGAACCUGCCGAGUCCUCUGAUGAAGGCAUACCUACGACAGAGGCUGAGGGUGAGUGUGAACAAACACCUGAAGAAUUGGAACCUGUGAAAAAGCACAAUGAAAAGUUUGAAGAUGAGGGAACUGGCUUGGAAGAAUUAUAUGAAGAAGGAGAUUAUGAAGAAAAGGCAGAGACAGAAGAAGCUGAAGAUGAGGAAGAAAAGACACCACUGAACACUGCAAAACCAUAUAUGGAGGAAGCAAAAGAAAUGGAAGAGAGUUCAGAAGAAAUAAUAGCUGAAGCAGAUGCUAACAUUAAAGCCAGGAAAUCUAUUGAAAAGGCAGAUGAUGAGGCAGCAGAUGAACGGGCUGAGGAAGACAGGGAAGAAGCAGUAGAAAAGGCAGAAACUGAAGAGACUGAAGAAGAGGAGGAAGACAAAGCUGAAGACAUCAGAGAUGACGAGGAGACUGAAAAAAUAGAAGCUGAAGAAGAUUAUGUGAUGGCUGUGGUAGACAAAGCUGCAGAAGCUGGUGAAGUUGAAGAUAAAUAUGGCCUACUCAUAAUUACACCAACAAAAUGGUCAGAGCCUCAGCCUCCAGCAGUUGAACAGGCCUCUUCUAUCCAUGAAGAAACAUUACCUGGUGGUUCAGAAAGUGAAGCCACUGCUUCUGAUGAAGAAGACAGAGAAUAUCAACCUGAGGAAUUCACUGCUGCUUCAGGUUAUACACAGUCUACCAUUGAAAUAUCCAGUGAACCAACUCCAAUGGAUGAAAUGUCUACACCCCGGGAUGUCAUGAGUGAUGAAACUAACAAUGAGGAAAGCGUGUCACCUUCGCAGGAGUAUAUGAACAUUACCAAGUAUGAGACAUCAGUAUACUCUCAAGAGUUUGCUAGACCUAAUCUUUCUUCACUUUUGUAUGCUUUUAAUAAUUUAUCAGAGGCCACAGAAUGUAAAGACUAUAAUGCCUCAGCUUCUACCAUCUCACCACCUUCUUCAUUAGAGGAAGACAAAUUCUGCAAAUCUGCAUUCCAAGAUGUAUAUUGGCAAAAAGGAAGUGAAAUACAAGGCACUGUCAAAUUCGAAAUCAAAGAACCCUAUCCAGAAGAUGAUGGAAAAUGUAGUCCAGCCAAGAGUCUAGGUGAGAAUUUGUCCCCUCCAUCACCCAUUGCCAAAACACCACUGAGUGAACGUAGUGUGAACUUUUCAUUCACUCCCAAUGAGAUCAAGGUCUCAGCUGAGCCUGUCCCUGUCAAUGUACAUCAAGAAGUUGCUGAAGAACACUGUGCAAGCCCUGAAUAUAAAAUAUUAGAAGUAGCAUCUCCCUCACAGUCUGCUGCUGGUAGUGCUGGCCACACACCUUAUUAUCAGUCUCCCAGUGAUGAAAAAUCAAGUCAGCUUUCCUCUGAAACCAAUGAAAAGUCAACAGAAGCUCCUGUUAGCUUUGAACUCAGUGAAGUCAAAGAUGAGUCUGAAAAACCCACAAUAAGCCCUCUGGAUGAGCCUGUUCCAGAUUCAGAAUCUCCUAUUGAAAGUGUUCUCUCACCUCUACGGAGUCCAUCACUGAUAUGUUCAGAGACCACUUAUGAUACAUUUUUGAGUGCUGAUGUAAAAUCUCCCACCAGAGAUUAUGGAAGUCCUUCUGAGAGGAAACCUGAAAAAGAAAAAUCACUUGUUCAGAUGAGCCCAGCUUCUGAGGCCAGCUCUGUGAGCCUUUUUCAAGAAAAACAAGAUGAAAAAACCAUGGAUUUUAUGGUAAUUAAGGAAGGCUUCAGUCUACAAAGGAAAACAGAACAUACAGAACCCAGCAGCUCCCAGUCUUCACUGGUCUUGGAUGAGCAGAAAUUAGCAGGUGAUCUCUCACCUACUCAAAUAGAUAUCAGUCAAUUCGGUUCCUUAAAAGAAGACAACAAAAUGUCUAUUUCUGAAGGAACUGUUUCUGACAAGUCUGCAACACCAGUUGAUGAGGUUGUAGCAGAAGACAUCUAUUCCCAUAUAGAAGGAGUAGCUUCUGUCUCUACAGCAUCUGUUGCUACUAGUUCAUUUCCAGAACCAAAUACUGAUGAUGCAUCUCCUUUGCAUGCUGAGGUUGGAUCCCCUCACUCUACUGAGGUUGAUGAUUCUCUGUCAGUGUCAGUUGUACAAACACCAACAACAUUUCAGGAAGCAGACAUGUCUCCAUCUAAGGAAGAGUGCCCAAGGCCCAUGUCAAUUUCUCCACCAGAUUUCUCACCUAAAACCUCAAAAUCAAGAACCCUGGUGCACGAUCACAGAGUUCCUGAGCAGUCAACCAUGUUAUUUGAAUUUGGUCAGGAGUCUCCUGAGCAGUCUUUAGCAAUGGACUUUAGUAGGCAAUCUCCAGCCUGUCCUACUGUAGACACGAGUAUACACCAUAUAUCUGAAAAUGGACCAACAGAAGUAGAUUAUAGUCCUUCAGAUAUACAGGAGCCUACUUUUGCACAGAAGAUUUCCCCUGUGGAGCAGUCAUCUUACUCUCAGGAGAAGGAUAUUUCAGAAAUUAUUUCAAUUUCUCAAAUUGAAGCUUCAUCCUCAGCUUCAUCAGUUCAUACACCUUCUCAGUUAACUUCACCACUGCCAGAAGAAACUUUUUCAGGUGCUGUUCCACUCAGAGAUAUGUCACUACAUUCUCCUUUUACCUCUGAAACGGUACAUAGCCUAGGAGAAAAGCUAUCACCAAAGUCUGACCUAUCUCCAUUAACUCUAAGGGAAUCUUCUCUGUACUCUCCUAGUUUUCCAGAUUCACCUCCUGCAAUCACAGAAGCAGUGUCAGCUAGUCACACAUCUUUGUUGUUGCUGCAAGUGUCCUCUGUCAAAGCAUUUGGUUACCAGGAACCCCUAAUAAAGCACAGUCCAGAACCUUUAAUCAGCCCAGAAAAGGAAGAUUCAGAGAAAAGCAGCAGGUCACUAGAAGAACUUAGUUAUUCUUACAAGGACACAGAGAAAACUACUAGGUCACCAAAGGGGAAAGCUACUAGGUCACCUGAGGCCACAGAUUAUUCUUAUGAGAUGACAGGGAAAACCACGAGCUCACAUCCUAAAACUGAACUUUCACCCUCAUUUAUCAACCCAAAUCCCUUUGAGUGGUUUGCAAGUGAAGAACAGUCUCAAGAAAAGCCAUUAGCUCAAUCUGGGGGAGCCCAGCCACCUCCUGGGGGAAAGCAGCAAGGGCAGCAAUGUGAUGAAACCCCUCCCACAUCUGUGAGUGAGUCUGCCCCAUCUCAGACUGAUUCAGAUGUUCCCCCCGAGACUGAGGAAUGUCCUUCCAUCACUGCAGAUGCUAACAUUGAUUCAGAAGAUGAGUCAGAAACCAUUCCGACAGACAAGAUGAUUAUGUACAAAAAAACUGACCCGCCACCUGUCCCAAUGCAGGAUCAUAGCCCUUCUCUGAGGCACCCUGAUGUCUCCAUGGUUGAUCCAGAGACUUUGCCCAUUGAACAGAAUUUGGGUAAAACUUUGAAGAAGGAACUCAAAGAAAAGACAAAGACAAAAAAGCAGGGUACUAAGACCAAGUCAUCUUCUCCUGUUAAAAAAAGUGAUGGUAAAUCAAAACAAGUGGCUUCACCAAAACCAGCUAUAAAAGAAUCUAUAGACAAAAAUUCCAAAAUGGGUUCUCAAAAAAAGAAGCAGUUUGUGGAGAAGUCAAACAAAAAUAUCUCUAUUCCAGAAGUAAAGUCUCGAGUGGAAGAGAAAGAUAAGGACACCAAGAAUACAGCAAAUACAACAUCCAAGUCAGCAAAGACUGCAACCACAGGACUUGGGAAUAGUAAGUCAGCAAAAUAUACAGCGGUUCCUCCAGGACCUCCAGUGUAUUUGGAUCUGGUGUACAUUCCUAACCACAGCAAUAGCAAGAAUGUCAACACUGAGUUUUUCAAGAGGGUGCGGUCAUCCUACUACGUGGUGAGCGGGAAUGAUUCUGCAGCUGAGGAGCCAAGCAGGGCUGUUCUGGACUCCCUGCUGGAGGGCAAGGCCCAGUGGGAGAGUAGCAUGCAGGUGACCUUAAUUCCAACCCAUGACUCAGAAGUGAUGAAGGAAUGGUACCAAGAGACGCAUGAGAAACAGCAGGACCUCAACGUCAUGGUUUUGGCAAGCAGUAGCACUGUUGUUAUGCAAGAUGAAUCAUUUCCUGCAUGCAAGAUUGAACUGUAA